CACAGUUCAAAACUUCUUCAAUGCAUCGCGAUUUUCGAAACAUCCGCACAAAUAUAUCUCGUCUCCGGCAGGCGGAAUAAAGGCUGCGUUCCGGGAACACGCUAUCAGCGCCGUUAUGUCUUAUGAUAUUCUAUCCUUAUCCAUCUAUCCUUGUUUUACAUAUAACGAGCGAUAAAGUUAGAUAGAUGUGACAGAGCGACUCUCUGAGGCGAAUGAGAACAGACGUCUUUCGUGUUUCGUCACUUCGCUUAGCACCGCUUCUCGCUUGCGUCUGACGUGUGUCAGUGAGUCGUCACCGGGUAUUCUGUCUCGAAAAACGUUCAUCGUUGACCCUCGAAGACGAGGAAACAGCCUAGCUGGUGAAUCGUCACGUGCACGGCAGCGUAUCCACCGGGAACCGGGGCUCGAAAGUCGCGAAGGAUGGUUUUGGACCUGGACCUGUUCCGCGAGGACAAGGGCUUCGAGCCGGAGAAGAUCCGGGACAACCAGAGGAGGCGUUUCAAGGAUGUCCAGCUGGUGGACACCGUUAUCGAGAAGGACAAGCACUGGCGGCAGCUGAGGCAUCGCGCCGACAACUUCAACAAAUUGAAGAACCUGUGCAGCAGGGAGAUCGGCGAGAAGAUGAAGAGGAAGGAGCCGCUCGGCGACGACGACACGGUGCCCCGGGCGAUCGCCGACAACCUGGAUAAUUUGACCUCCGACAGCCUGAAGGCGCUGACGGUGGUGCAGAUCAAGAGAAUACGUACUCUGAUCGACGAGGCGAUACUGAGGAACGAUGAGAACCUGAAAACUACCGAGUUGGAGAGGAACAACGCUCUCAGAGAAGUGGGGAACCAUCUGCACGAAUCUGUGCCCGUUAGCGACGACGAAGAAGAGAACAAGGUGGAAAGAACUUGGGGAGAUUGCAGCAUGAAGAAGAAGUACUCCCACGUCGACCUGAUCCACAUGAUCGACGGGAUGGACGGGGAACGUGGGACGGGAGUGUCCGGUGGACGAGGUUACUUCCUCACCGGGCCAGCGGUGUUCCUUCAACAGGCCUUGAUGCAGUUGGCGUUGAGGAAGUUGUCCGACAAAGGUUACAAACCUCUUUACACGCCGUUCGUCAUGCGGAAAGACGCGAUGCAGGAAGUGGCGCAGCUCUCUCAGUUCGACGAGGAAUUGUACAAGGUGGUCGGCAAGGGUAGCGAGCGCAACGAGGACAAGGAACUGGAGGAGAAGUAUCUGAUCGCCACGUCCGAGCAGCCGAUAGCCGCUUUCCACAGAGGCGAGUGGAUAGCUGAGAACGCUUUGCCGAUCAAGUACGCCGGCAUCUCGACUUGCUUCAGGCAGGAGGUCGGUUCUCACGGUCGAGACACCAGGGGUAUCUUCAGGGUGCAUCAGUUUGAGAAGGUCGAGCAAUUUUGCCUCACCUCGCCUUACGACAACAAGUCGUGGGAGAUGAUGGAAGAGAUGAUCUCCAACGCGGAGGAGUUCUACCAGGCCCUGGAGAUCCCCUAUCGCAUAGUCUGUAUCGUGUCGGGCGCGUUGAAUCACGCGGCCUCCAAGAAGUUGGACCUGGAAGCCUGGUUCCCCGGCUCCCGCGCGUUCCGCGAACUCGUGUCCUGCAGCAACUGCCUCGACUACCAAGCCAGGAGGUUGUUAGUCAGGUACGGCCAAACGAAGAAGAUGAAUACCACGACGGACUACGUUCACAUGUUGAACGCGACGAUGUGCGCGGUGACGCGCGUCAUCUGCGCGAUCCUGGAGGUGCAUCAAACGGACGUCGGUGUCAAAGUGCCGAAGGUCCUGGCGCGCUACAUGCCCCCCAAUUACGAAAGUGAGAUCCCGUUCGUCAAGCCAGCGCCGAUCGACGAGAUCGAGACGAAGAAGCAGAAAAAGCAGAAGGAGAACGCCGCGUCCAAGUGAAGCACAAGUGGCGACAAUGAACGUGGAGACUCUGUGUCCAUCUACAGAUCUUAUUUAUUAAACUGCAUUUCUUUCCUUUUAUUAUUUUAUAUUCAAUCGCGAUCCGCCGGGAUCGCGGGCUCUGUAAUAACGAUUUAAGAAAAUAUAUACACAUCCGACUUCUUUCUCUCUCUCUCUCUCUCUCUCUCUCUCUCUCUCUCAACACACAUCGAGAUCUCUUCGCGCGUCUCGCAACAUUUCUCUCUCUCUCUCUCUCUCCUCGACCCGGGAAAAACGAGGAGAGAUCUCUUCUGGCCGCGUCCGGGGACAAAAAUUACGCCGACCUUCGCCGACGACCCACACAAUUUUUGUUCGCGGACGCGUCCUGCACUCGCGUGAUAAAACGCUCUUCCGCCGAAGAAGGCAUCCGUACUCCGUGAACGGUCGUGUCGAGCUUAGAACAUCGGCGAUUGUCAACACAGAUUACAACAUUUUAUUUGAUAACACUUGUUCAAUAUUUUAUAAUCAGACAUCAGUAUAUAAUAUAUAUGAUUCUGUAAUAUACAUCUGAUGAAGAAUAUUUUUCCGUGUAUAUAUAAUAUUCCGUUUAUCUAUCUGCCUCCUGAAAACUCGUAAUCGGUAUAAUGUGCUAAGAAUUUUCUUUCUGUUUCUUUUUUUUUUCCAUCAUCAUCGUCAUCGUUUUUCUCCCCUCUUUCUCUCUCUCUCUCGUCGUUCUCUCUUUAUCGUGGUAUCAUUAAUACUAAUGUACAGAGGCCCUUAAGAUGUCUCCACCAAGAACAAUGCACUUCAGUGUGUAUUGGAAAAAAGAUUUACCUUUUAUGCGCUUCGUUCAACAAGUUACAGCUCCCUUCCUCUCCCUCCUUCCCUCUCUUUCUCUCUCUCUUUGCGGUGAUUAUGUUUAACCGAAAGAAAAGCACAUGCCAACUCUACAUUUAUAAAAACCGAUAUUGUAACAUAUGUUAUCAUCAGCGUAAUAAUACUUUGGCCAGACAUGAGAUAAUCUACCAACACUUCUUUCCAUCUUAAUAAUAAAAUAUAGCCUUUACACAAUAUCGAGUUACGAGUAGACUUGUUUCUUUCUUUCUUUCUUUCGUAUAAUACACCUCGCGUAAUAAAAUUAUGGUCGUUUAUAUAUAUAGCAGCAACGUAUAUCUCGCCGAAAUAAUAUGAAGGGAUCCCUCGUGUGAUUCCACAUCGCGGCCAUAAUACUACGACUUAUUACUGAGCAGACACGAACAUCACGACGAAAUAAUUUACGUAGAAUGUGAGAUACGGAAAUAUUCAAGAGAGCUGACAAUGUGACAUUUAUACGAUUGCUCGGGGGAGGGGAGGAGGGGGGGGUCGCGAACUUUCGACAAUCAUGUGACACGAGAAUGAUCGUGAGAGACUAUGUUCAAAAAUACCAGGUGAUAAUCCGUAUGGAAUCUCAUAGUUGCACCAGAAGAAAAAUGUCUUAUAUGCAAUUAUAUAUAGAAUAUGUCCAUAUAUAAAUAUAUAUAUAUAUAUGGCAUCUUAUAUAUAAUUAUAUAUGGACAAUUCUUUCCCGGUCGCGUAGAUUCCUAUAUAAAUUUUCACACGCUACAUGAAUUCCUACAUGGAUUUUUAAUAUCCUAUGAUGGGUUUACAUAAAAUCCCUUGCAUUUCUAUGGGAAUCCACCUGGAAAUUUUCAACAUGGGAAUCUCGAUGGGAAAAUAAUCGGUCUUUCGCUCAAACGGAAGGAGGUGAUUAUUCUCAGGAGAUGUGAACGAACACAUGAUGGAGCUCCCAAACACUUCCGAGUUUUCGUCAGAUCAGAAUCUUCCUUCUUACACGGUGAAUUGUUUCAUCGAUCGGAAAAAGAACGCGUUCGGUCGUUUGCGUCAUACAGAAAGUCGCGGGCGAGGCGCUUUUUCUAUUCUUUCGUCGAUUUUGGCAGGUACACAGAUUCGGUGCAACGGGUUGCGUUCCGGUAAAUGUCACAGUGCCGUUCGAAUAAUUUUUUCUUAUCUCACUUUCUGCUCUUUCGCUUUCUCUCUCUCUCUCUCUCUCUCUCUCUUUCUCUC